UUCGGGUUUCGGUGUUCGGGCCUGCUGUGUGGGGAAGCCGCGAUGCCGGAUUAUUUGGGGGCCGAUCAGCGCAAAACCAAAGAGGAGGAGAAGGAGGAUAAGCCUAUCCGUGCUUUGGAUGAAGGUGACAUUGCCCUGUUGAAAACUUACGGCCAGAGCACAUACUCGAGGCAGAUCAAACAAGUAGAAGAUGACAUUCAACAGUUGCUUAAGAAAAUUAAUGAACUCACAGGCAUUAAAGAAUCAGACACUGGCCUGGCACCCCCCGCCCUUUGGGAUUUAGCAGCUGAUAAACAAACUCUUCAGAGUGAACAGCCACUGCAGGUGGCCAGGUGUACAAAGAUAAUCAAUGCGGAUUCCGAGGACCCCAAGUAUAUCAUCAACGUUAAGCAAUUUGCCAAAUUUGUGGUGGACCUCAGUGACCAAGUGGCACCUACUGACAUUGAAGAAGGGAUGAGAGUUGGUGUGGACAGAAACAAAUAUCAGAUCCAUAUCCCCUUGCCUCCAAAGAUUGACCCAACAGUCACUAUGAUGCAGCCGGAACGGUUUGUCAAUCUCGGGAUCGAGCCCCCCAAAGGAGUUCUCCUCUUUGGCCCACCUGGGACAGGCAAAACUCUUUGUGCCCGAGCUGUGGCGAACAGGACGGACGCUUGCUUCAUCCGAGUGAUCGGGUCCGAGCUGGUGCAGAAAUACGUGGGAGAGGGGGCCCGGAUGGUCCGGGAGCUGUUCGAAAUGGCGAGGACGAAAAAGGCCUGCCUCAUUUUCUUCGACGAGAUAGAUGCCAUUGGAGGUGCUCGCUUUGACGACGGGGCCGGCGGAGACAACGAAGUCCAGCGCACCAUGCUGGAAUUGAUCAACCAACUGGAUGGCUUCGACCCGCGAGGGAACAUCAAAGUCUUGAUGGCCACCAACAGGCCUGAUACUCUGGAUCCUGCCUUGAUGAGGCCUGGAAGAUUGGAUCGGAAGAUUGAAUUUAGCCUUCCAGAUCUGGAGGGAAGAACUCACAUAUUCAAAAUCCACGCCCGUUCCAUGAGCGUUGAAAGAGACAUAAGGUUCGAGUUGCUGGCUCGGCUGUGUCCGAAUAGCACUGGUGCUGAAAUCCGCAGCGUCUGCACGGAGGCGGGUAUGUUUGCUAUCCGGGCGCGGCGAAAAAUCGCCACCGAGAAGGACUUCCUGGAUGCUGUGAACAAAGUCAUCAAGUCGUACGCCAAGUUCAGUGCUACCCCGCGGUACAUGACCUACAACUAAUCUCGGAUCUGUCAGAGAACCCUCUGUUUCUGCAAAAUGCUGUGUUGUAGCUGGAUCUAGUAGAAGUAAAAAAAAAAAAAAAGGAACAUUCCAACUUAUACAGUGGUCGUUCUUGAAAGUGUAACCGUUUAGCUUUAUUGUGUCUCCAAUAAAGGUUGUGAAAACCAACUCGA